AUGUCGAAUUUAGUUCACCAUCCUGAGAGCAUUUAUACCCUUAUUCCCAGAGAGGAGGUGAAACCUGAGAAAGCGCCAAGGUACACGUCAAAGUUCAGAGAGCAGGUAAAGCAGGAGAAGCAGCAGAACAAAGCAUCCAACAAGACAAUGGGUCCGGCGAAAGUGGAAAUGCCUUCUCCUGAUAAAUACCUGCUGAAACACUCCAAAGAGCCCAAACUUCCUCAAAAGAAACCUUUCUUUUACAAAGACGUCCAGCCCAGGAAGCCCAGCAUACCUGCAAAGACCGAGCGGCCGCUCACAGCUGUGCACACCAAAAGAAACUUUGUGCGAAGUAACGCGAUGGAGAACAUAAUGGCAGUUCCGCAUAAACCUCAGCCUGCAUACAUUCACACCAAACAUGGAGACAAAGAGCUGCUGGAGAACUCGGGCCUCGUCCCAAAGUACAUCAGGAAAAAGGAUUAUGGCCAGACCCCAAAGUACCUGAACCAGAGUCAAAAGGUGAAGAGAGCACAGGAGGAGUACGAUUACUACGUGAAUGAAAGGAUGAAGGAGGGAGCCAUGACACAGUUCUCUGACUUGGAACGCCAGAAAAUACUGCAUGGUCUGAAGAAGAACUGGGAUGAGCUCCAUCAUCAGUACCAAGGCCUGUCUGUGGUCACAGAUACAUUGCCUAAGAAACAGAGGAAGGAAAGACUGGAAUCACAAAUGAAGCAGCUGGAGAAGGACAUCGAGCUGAUCGAGAGAUACAAAACCAUCCACAUCGCUACAAACUGA